AUGAAUACAGAAUGUUUUAAAAGCUUAAAGGAAAUUUUAGAUACUACGAAGGAAUGUUUGAAUUCUCUUGAUAAUCUCGGCGUGGAUACCUCCACAUGGGAUGCAAUUGUCGUACAUUUAGUUGUAUCCAAAUUGGACUUAGAAACACACAAACAAUGGGAACAGUCACUUGGAUCAUCUCAAGACAUACCCACAUUUACCAUUUUAUCAUUAUUUUUAGAAAAUCGUUUCUGUUCCAUGGAGAUGGGUCGCUCCGUUAAUGCGUGUAGACAGAGCACCACCUGUAGAAAAUGUAGUCGACGACAUCACACUCUGUUGCACUUCACAAACCCUAACAAGACCACAUCAGUGCCAGAAAACGAUGCAGCAACACCCAGUACACCUGAAACAAGUCAAACCACAUCAACCGUCGUUUACAAGACUGAGGUUGACAGCAACAGUGAGGAAACGAAUAUAUCAAGAUUACCAUCACAAGAGCUCCCAUCAGAUACCUGGCCUUCUUCUGAGAUUUCAGAUCUUGCAGAUCCACACUUUCACAAACCAGGAUCUAUUGACGUGCUAUUAGGUGGAGUUGUAUAUGCGCACAUUUUUCUUGACGGAAUAAUAAAACGCAAUGAGUCUCUGGUCGCUUUGAACUCAAGAUUGGGCUGGCUGGUAAGCGGCGAAGUGGCGCAGUCUGGCCAUCAGUCACACAAAGUAGUUGUUAUGCACACACAAGUCGAAGUUGAUCAGUUACUACGUCAGUUUUGGGAGGUCAAUGAAGAUUCACCAAACGUGAAGCCUCUGUCAAAAGCUGAAAGACAGUGUGAAGAGCAUUUUAAGAAAACUCACACUCGAAACACUGACGGUCGAUAUAAGGUUCGCCUACCCUUCAAGGACGAAGACGCUCCAAAUUUAGGCAACUCCAGACAACUUGCUUUGAAGCGCUUACAUCAGAUGGAGAAUAAGUUUAAGCGAAUACCCGAAUUUCACGAAGAAUACUGCAAGUUCAUGAGGCAAUAUGAGUCACUCGGUCACAUGGAGAUAGUACCUGAAAUAGAGAAGAAGAAUAGAGCUUAUUACUUACCACAUCAUGCUAUUCUUCGUGCCUCGAGCCUCACUACAAAGUUGCGCGUAGUUUUUGACGGAAGCGCUAAACCUGUAGACGGAAACUCACUUAACGAUGAGUUACUCAUCGGCCCCCCGCUGCAACAAGAUAUACGAGCUUUAGUAACACGGUGGAGACAACAUAAGUACUGCCUAGUAGCUGAUAUACAACAAAUGUACCGACAGAUACUUAUCUCAAAGCAAGACACUGAUUACCAGAGAAUAUUGUGGCGCGAGUCAUCGGAAGACCCGAUCAGAGAGUAUCGUUUACUUACCGUCACAUAUGGCAGUUCAUGUGCUCCAUAUCUUGCCAUCAGGACACUUCAUCAACUUGCAGAGGACGAACGUGGAGAGUUUCCUGAAGCUGAACUUCUAAAAACUGAUCUCUAUAUGGACGAUUUGAUGACGGGCUCAUCUACAAAAGAAGACACUCAACGGCUUCAACGUCGCUUAACUGAACUGUUUAAACGUGGCGGUUUUCUUCUUCAUAAGUGGUCGUCUAAUAGUGAAACGGUUUUAAGUGAGAUUCCCGAUUCGAAAAAAGCGUUAAAAGGUUCAGUGAAUAUUAAAAUGGAUGAUUCGGUGAAAGCUCUGGGCAUAGCCUGGAAACCACAAAGUGAUAUAUUAGAACUGGUAGUUAACUUACCUCGUGACAACGACGUUGUUACAAAACGAAGUGUGCUAUCUGCGAUAGCUAAAACGUUUGACCCUCUGGGUUGGCUAGCACCUUGCGUGGUUGUUUUAAAAAUAUUUAUGCAGAAGUUGUGGCUAGCCGGCCUGGACUGGGACUCUGAACUUCCUGAAGACCUGAAAACUGAAUGGCAGAAGUACCUGACUAAUUUUGAACACAUGCAGGCCAUUCAGCUUCCACAUUCCACAAUAGUUUUGGCUUGGUUGCGUAAAACUCCAAAUACUUGGACGCCAUUUGUUGGUAAUCGCACUACCGAAAUCUUGAAUGUUACGAAUAGUAGUCAAUGGCAUCAUAUUAAGUCUGCGGAUAACCCCGCGGAUUGCGCCUCACGCGGUAUCAGUCCUGACGAGCUGAUGCAGUCAAAACUGUGGUGGGAAGGUCCAGCCUUUCUUCGCGAGUCUGUUGAGAUUUGUUACCCUAAUUUCAAUAUACGAGUACCUGAAACCACAGUCGAAGCAAAACCGAGAGCAAAAGUAAAUGGCUUUUGGGACGAAUUGUGGCGAAGCACCCGGGAGCAGACGGUGUAA